CAGGAUCCUUUUUAAGGAGCGCUCAGAUGCCACAGAAGCAUAGCAGUGAAUCUAGUGUCUGAGUCAACAUGGCUGGUCUUUGUGGAGUGUCUGUCAGGGUCUCAUGGAUUUCUUGCCUGUUGAUCAGCAGUAUAACUUGUCUCCCUGCACUAAAAGGCUAUGGCUCCAACAAUCCUGGUUCUGCAGCCAGUGGCUUCAGGGGCUGGCCCUCAACUUCUGGUUCCACUUACUCCAAUGAUGGUGGCUUCUCUGUUCCCCAGGCUUCAGGUUCCUCUAGCAGUGGGUAUGGGUCCAACGUUGGCUACGACAACAGUGGCUAUAGUAACGUGGGCUACGGCUCAGUAGGCGCUGGAUAUGCUGGUGCUGGAUAUGCCGGUGCUGGAUAUGAUGGUGGAUACGUUGCGUCUUAUGCUGAAGGUGAUGUGGAUCAAAGCUCUGAGGCAGUCCUCAGUGACAUGUCAGACCUGGAGCCAGUCUACUCGUUCAGAUCCCGCUCAGGCUACCAGCUAGGAAGAGCCUCCGUCUCCCAAACCCGCUACAUUCCUGGAGAGGGCCCGUUGCCCCCCAUCCAACUUGUCCAGCGCAUCUAUCAGCAGCCUGCCCAGGCUCCAGCCAAAGGUCCAUCCAAAGGAAAAUACUGAGCUUCUUGAAGAUUCCAUCCCUCUUCAAAUGUGGCCUGUUGAGAUUUGAGAAAUAAAGUUUUUUUGCUGAAA